AGUCAAAUAGCCCAGUUCACGUGUAUGUCGGUGAUAUUAGACGUCACGGAUCGCACCAACGCGGAGAUGUGGAUAGAGCAUUACUGUCAUCCGGACAUAGCCGGCCUGGCUCACGGGGUCGGUGACCAGCUUCACCGGACAGACGAUUACAAGAAGUUAGAAUGCUUCGUGUACUUCAAAAGUGCAGCGUUCAUAGAAUUUCGAUUUUACUUCUCGUUCAAGGCCUUACUUGAGGUGACGCUGUUUGGCACCGAAGAGAUCCCACGUCGGAUGCCGGUUCCCUACUUUACUGACAUCACCACGGACAGCUGGUGGCCAACCGCUGAAAUUAUACGCUGGGGAUCUUUUGUGCCGUAUUACAUGUGGUGGUAUUGGCUGUAAAUACUGUUUUAGCUAUAAUUCGCUGACCUGGCAAACGUGCUUUUGCCAUAUAUGAGAUUUCUAGGGAAUUUCUAGUGUAGAAAUAAAAUUAACUUAUUGUAAGUAUGUAAGGAUGU